AUGGAGCUAAAAGUAUCCUUGAACGAAACCUUAACUCUAAGACCAUGUGAACCGUCCAAAAGACAAACUAUAGAACUGUCUGGUUUGGACAGGAUAUCUCCUGCAAUUCUCUACACCAUCUUCUUUUAUAAGCUUCAAUUGAGCGAUGAAUUAUCUUCUGAGGCGGAAGAUGUUGUUGAGAGAGCUAAAAGAGCUCUGCAGAAGGUGCUUGUUUCAUGGUUUCCAGCUGCAGGGAGGUUAAGGAUAAACGAAGGGACCGGGAAGCUAGAGAUCGACUGCAACAAUGAAGGUGUGACCAUGAUAAUUGCAGCAACUGAUUCCAAGCUUGAAGAGCUUGGUCGUCUGCAUGAAUACAAAGCAUGUUACGAGAAUCUGGUUCCUCAGCUUCUAGAAGCUGACGAUGUAUCAGUGAACCCACUGGUUGUUGUGCAGAUAACAAGGUUUGCUUGUGGAGGGUUUUCAGUUGGUGUCGGUAGUAGCCAUGCCUUGUUCGAUGGUCCUGGAGCAUUCAACUUUCUGGCAUCCUGGGCUCAUGUAUCAAGUGGGAAAGAUGAGUGUGAUCUUCUUGUGCCCAAUCAUUCAAGAGAUGGCCUUCUGCAUGCUAUCUAUUCUCCCAAUUCAAGCCCCGCAGAUGCAUCUUCCAUAUAUGAACAAGACCAUAUUGCAGCAAUUCAAGAUCUCUAUAGCAUACCCAUGCAAGCCAUGGCGUCCAAUGACAGAUGUUGGGAAACUGCACUCACAACGUUCAGCCAAAUUGAUCCUCCAGGUGGGCUUCAACUUGUUACUCUCGGCAUUGGGAAGGAAGUCGUAGUGACAUGGAAGGGUCUAGCAAUUGAACAAGGCAAGCUGUCAAAGUGUUCUACCUUUGAUGUUCUAUGUGCACAUAUCUGGAAGGCAAGGGUGAAAGCUCUUAUGCUACACCCACGCACAAAUAUAUGUUUGCAAUUUCCAGUGGAUUGUCGAAGCAGGAUGGAUCCCCCUCUUGGUAAGAACUUCACUGGAAAUGCCUUUGUUCUUGCUUCAGUGUCAUGCAAGGUGAGUGAUCUAUUACAAGAGCCCCUGCACAACACAAUUUGGAGGAUUCAAGCAGCAAAAGAUGUGAUCACAGAUGAAUACAUCAAACUAUAUGCUAAGGCUCUGGAGUCCUCGGACAAGUUUUUCCCGUCUAUGCGAGAACUGACAAUAGUGACUGACUGGUUGAAAUUUCCCUUCAAUGCUCUCGAUUUCGGCUGGGGAAAAGUUUCUAGUGCAGCUAUCUUAGCCACUCCUGUCCCAGAAACUGCUUUUCUGAUGUUAAAUCUUGAACAAUCUGCAGGGUUCUUAGUGAGGAUAGGGAUUGGAAGACAACAUGUCCAAGAUCUCAUCACCAACUUCAAUAACUUCAACUACUGA